UAGAGCUCCGUAGUUCUAUUUUUAAUCACUUAAGUGUAAGAAAAACACCAACGUUUAGAUCCUACACUUGGGAAUCCCAUGCUCUUGAUUACAAGUUUCUUGUGUCACACUUACAUGUUCUUUUAAUUACACACUUGCCAUUUCAUUACACUUAAGUGUUGAUUUUGGUGUCUCUGCUUGCAUGUUUGACAGUGGUGAUAGACAACGGUCAAGGAAUACAUUUGUUGGAACUCCAUGCUGGAUGGCCCCUGAGGUGUUGCAACCCGGGAGUGGAUAUAACUUUAAGGCUGACAUUUGGUCAUUUGGAAUCACCGCACUAGAGUUAGCUCAUGGUCAUGCACCCUUCUCGAAAUAUCCUCCCAUGAAGGUUCUGCUUAUGACUAUACAGAAUGCUCCACCGGGACUUGACUAUGAUCGUGACAAAAAAAUUCUCAAAGGUUAAUUAUUUUUUCGUAUUAGUAACUUUAACUUUAUGUCGUUUUUCAUUAGUGUUACUAUUGUUUUAGUAGAUCAGACAAACAUGAUUUGGGGUAUUUUUGUCCACCUAUAAUGUAUAUUUAUUUUUUUCCCUCUUGGCUCUUUCCUUGUAAAUUAUAAUGGUCUGUUCUUUCAUGAAAGCUCAGGCGGCUCUUUGCUAUGUAGUGCUGGGUUGCUACUUGCUACCUGGAUGGAUGCGAUUU